UAAUUCGCCUAAUUACUACCGUGUGCCGCAAAGAAUAAGACUGUCAGGAACUGUUUUUGCCGCGGGUCGUAGCUCUUUGUUUGUCGGCGGGAUCAGAGAUGCGUACUUGCGUAGCACUUGCUAUUCGUCACUUACCUACUCUCUGGCCUUUACAUAUACCGUGUUUGCAUGUAGUCACAAUUUUUGCAGUAUAUGCGGAUUUUGCUUUGUGUAGAUAUUUAUAUUUAUUUUGAUAGUAUUGUAUUUAUCGCUAUGGGUAGUAUAGACAAAGCAGUAAUUACAGGCUUCAUAUGCCGGCUUUGUUCUAAAAUGAACAGAUUUGUUAUUCAUAUUUAUGGAGAAGAAGGAGCGAGGCUACGGCUUGCUGAGAAGAUUAACGCAUACUUACCCAUUACGAUCAGUGCCAAUGAUCCUUUGCCCAAGACUGUCUGUGUACCUUGCAUACAACGUUUGGAAAUACAUCAUGAACUCAUGGAGCAGUUCACGUGGGCCAGAAAACGUCUUGCAGAAUCAGAUGAUGGAAAGAAGCGUACAAGAGUGAAACCUCGUACUCUGUCAAGAGAAUGUGUGUUGGUGUUAACCAGAGAAGCUGCCCAUCAGGACACUCCACCUGUUGGGGACACAGCAGCCCAGUAGUUGCUUCUUUCCAGUCAUUUUUUUUACUAUAUUUAUUUUAUAUGCGACAGCAAUAGUGUUAUAAAAUAAACUGAACUCUGAAGGUGAUAUUGAGUGUGAAUUGUGUACAUACAACUUUUAUUCUGAGACUGUGCUGUUUAUUCUCUAAGUGUUAUUUUUAUUUAAAAUAUUUAACUUUAUAUAAAGGAUAUAAUCAUAAUUUUUUUUUAAAUACAGACAUAUGCUGUGAUCAGUGGUGAUAUGUGAAACAACUUUUUACAAUGAAACAUUUGCACUGACAAAGACAUUGUAACAAUUGAUUUUUUUCUUUGAUUCAUGCAUUAGGUAUAUAACAGACCAAAUAUUUUUUUUCCCUGACUGCUUUGUGUGUGUGUGUGUGUGUGUGUGUGUGUGUGUGUGUGUGUGUGUGUGUGUGUGUGUGUUCAUGCUGUAACUUUUCUUGGAAAUGUUAACUUCAGCUAUGAUCAGUGCUGCUUUGUCACAAGUCACAUGAAAGUGAAUAAAUCUUAAAAUGUAACUUUUUUUUAGUUCUGAUUAUGUUGUAGGUUUUGUAUUAUAUGUGUAAAGAAACCAAAUAAGUUCUUUUCUGAAUGCUUUAAUGUAGAGGCUGUGUGCAUUUGUGAGAAUGACGAUGAAUGGUUUGUUCAGUCCUAUAGUGUACAAUUGUAUACAGCAUGUUUCAGAUUGGACAAAACUGUGUGUUUAUAUUGACCAAAAAAAGUAAAAAGUAUCAUUUAAUCAUCUGAAAGGACUCUGUAAUAAACUCAUUAAAA